AUGGCCAGAACAGAGCGAAUGGAAUGGCAUCAAAACACACGGAAACCAUGUGUUUGAUGUAUUUGAUACCAUUCCACUUAUUCCACUCCAGCAAUUAGCACAUACAGGUCCUCCCCAAUUAAGGUGUGAUGUAUUCAUCCCGGCAGGUUGCGGAGGGGAGGCGUGUGUCUGCCAGCUACCUUUCUGACACACUGUAUCGUGAGGCCCAGGUGAGACAGUGUUUGUAAGGAUUCUGAGCAGCACUCACACACCCGUGUCUACGUACAUACACCUACAACUGGUGAGUCCUCACCUCCAUGGAUUAACAAUUCACUUUCACUGGUUAUUUGACUUUUUAUUUUCAAUGUCAUUCAAAAUGUUUUGUGUUCAUGUAGCCAUUUACUGUAUUGGUAAUUUCUCCCAGUUAUUCAGUCAACCAAUUAUCUAGUCUUUGUCGUGAAUGUCUGACCUUUGACAUUUUUUUGCUGUAUUGUUGGCUGUAUUGUUUAUUGACCUUUUUGUCUUUAGAAUAAUUUUUCAUAGUAGGAACCAAAGAUGUGGAUUUUAUUCCACUUAGCAGCCCUGACAGCAGUGGCUGUGACCCAGAGGGACUGUUCUCGGGGGGCCUGUUACCCCCCUAUGGGAGACCUGCUCCUCGGUAGGGAACAUCAGCUUCAUGCCUCCUCCACCUGCGGCCUUACCGGUUCUGAGGUGUUUUGCACCUACUUUGGACAGUGGAGGAUGAAGUGCUGUACCUGUGACUCCAGGAACCCAUCCAGUCAGUUGGCUCACACAAUCCAGAACGUUCUAUCCACCGCUGGACCCAACAGGUGGUGGCAGGCCAGGAAAGACGUGAGUCCGGUCACCCUACAGUUGGACCUACAGAACCUGUUUCAGCUGGACACCAUCAUUCUGACCUUCAAGGGUCCCCGUCCUAGUGCGCUGGUGGUGGAGAGGACGUUGGAUAAUGGUCAAACCUGGCAACCGUCACUCUACAUGGCCUCAGACUGUCGCUCGGCCUUCCCUGGCAUUGCCAUGACUAUGCCACGCUCUCUGGACCAGACCUACUGCUACACCCUACCCCCCGUCCCUGCUAACUCUUACCAGGACCAGACCAUUCAGUUCAGCCCCUUGGGCCAGUUCUCUAGCAUCAGCGUCCCCAAUGGGCAGAAGAUUCAAGAGGUGUCAGGAUUGACAGGCCUGCGGGUGAAGUUGACUGAGCUGGGUGCUGUGCCCCGCUUGCCCGGCCGCACCCCCUCUCUGUUUUAUGCCCUCGGAGAGAUGACAGUGAUGGGCACCUGCCUCUGCCACGGCCAUGCCAACCGCUGUCUGCAGGAUACUACUGCCUACCAGAUGCCUAGCACACAGGUUAGUGCUCAGUGUGAGUGUCAGCACAACACAGCAGGUGUAAACUGUGAGCAAUGUGCUGAUCUCUACAACGACCUGCCCUGGAGAUCUGCAGAGGAGGGAAACACACACACCUGCAAACGUUGUGAGUGUAACAACCACGCCCAGCGGUGCCGUUUCGACCCAUCUGUGUAUGAGGCGAGCGGAUGGAGGAGUGGGGGAGUGUGUGAGGGCUGUCUGCACCACACAACCGGGCCCAAAUGUGACCGCUGUGCCCCUGGAUACCAACUCAACCACCGGAGCAGCAUAGACCAGCCUGAUGCCUGCAUACGCUGCCAUUGCAGUGCAGAGGGGGCGGAGAAUGGGGGUCGGUGUGAUGAUGUCACAGGGUCGUGUCGCUGCAAGAUGGGAUACUAUGGCCUGACUGCCUCCAACCCUCUGGGCUGCACGAAGUGCUUGUGCAGUGCAGAGGGCUCCCUGUCCAGUGUGUGUGACCCUGUGAGCGGUCAGUGUCCCUGUCGACCUUACCACCAGGGGCUGACUUGUGAACUCUGUUCCCGUGGUUACUGGAACCCCUCCUCCCCCCACGGCUGUGAGCCCUGUCGCUGUGACCCCACCAACUCCCAUGGUGACACCUGCGACCGGAGUACGGGUCAGUGUCAGUGCAGGUCAGGGUUCGGAGGUCGUACCUGUACAGAAUGUCCUGACAACACUUACGGAGACCCCCUCAUUGGCUGCAGACUGUGUCAGUGUGCUGCCGGAGGCAUGGUACCAGGAGGCUGUGAUAAGCGUACAGGGGCCUGCCGGUGCCGCAUUGGUGUCAUAGGUACUCGUUGCGAUGCCUGUAGCCGUGGCCAUGUUUACUCCUUUCCCGACUGUGAAGUCUGCCCCUCCUGCUUCUUCUCUCUGGACUCCUACAUCCAGAACCUCACCCUGGGCCUAGAGAGACUCUCCGCCAGAAUCCCCUCUCGUCCUGGCGGCUCGUUGCCCACCGGUCUGGGUCUCCGCAUCCAGGCCUUGGAGGCCACUCUCAUCCAGAUACGUGACUCUCUCCCACUCCCAACUCCCUCUAUGAGACAAGUCAACGACGCCCUCUUUCAGCUACGCAGACUAAGGGACCAGUUAGAUCAGGUGGAUGGGGAUCUGUCACCCCAAGGCAGAGGCCUCGAGCUGGGCUCACAGCUGGACGAGUUGCAGGCUCUCCUGGGCGGUCUGGGUCUGCUGUACAACUCCAAGAGAGAUGCUCUAAGGAACCCUAUCAACUCCAACAAUGCAGGGGCCUUCUCUUCUAUAAAGAAUGCCUAUGACGAGUCCACGGAUGCGGCGAAGAGUGUGGAUGCUAGUGGGAAGACUGUAGAUCAAUCUUCAGCGGUCAGAGAGGACGCUCUUGACCUCCAGAACCAGGUUCAACCAGAAAACACCAGAGACCUGGAGAAACUCAACCAGCAGCUGAACACCAAACCUGACCUCUCACCCACUGCCAAGCAGGUGUGUGGCAGUGUGCGCUCUGCCCCUUGUACCCCUGCCCAGUGUGAUGGUGAGCUGUGCCCUGCGGAGGGGGCGCCACCCUGUGGUCGUGGCGAGAGUUGCGUUGGGGUUCUGCCUCUGGGGAACCGAGCUGUGAGGGAUGCUGAGGAGGUAAAGGACAGACUGCAGCAGCUCAAUGGGAAGAUCACACAGGCUGCUGCACAGAUCCAGAAAACACAGGACACGGUCAAUCUGGUCAGACAGUCCACGGACGAUCUGGGCAAUCAGAUGAGGCGGGCCAGGGAUGACUUGGAGGCAGAUCUGCAGGAGACAAGAUACUUUGUUAAAGAGCUGAAGGACUUCCUGUCAGACCCGUCGUCAGACCCGACAGACAUCAGCACGGUGAGUGAGUGGAUCUUGAACGCCAAGCUGCCUCUCAGUCUGGCAGCUCUGAAGAGGAAGCUUCAGGAGAUCAGAGCCCUGGCGGCAGGACUCCCAGACAGCAAAGCAGUCCUGGACCAGGCUGGACCACAGCUCGACACUGCCCGGCGGCUGCUACAGGAGGCCCAGGACGCCAGGGACGCUGGGCUGGGUGUGAAGGAUGAUGUUGACGGGCUGCUGGAGGGCUUCACAGCAGUGGAGGGCUCCUUCUCUGGCCUGAACGACAAAGUGCAGGACAGCCUGGACAUAGUGGAAGACAUCAGCAACAGUCUCGCACAGACCAAGGCCCAGUUGACUCCCGCAGUGAAGGCUCUAGGGGAGGUGUCUUCCCUGGCUGAGGGAAUGAAACCUCAGCUGGUGGGGCUCAAGGUGCUGGUGCGCUCUGGAGGUCUGCUGGCCCAGAAUGCUGAGGGAGAGGCCAAAAAGGCUAACAAGGAGGCAGAUGCUGCGACCAGGGACCUGGCGUCCCUGGAGAAGCAGCUGGAGCAGCUGCGUGCUGCAGAGAGGACCAGUGGUCAUGGCGAUGGGACGGGGACGACAGGUGAGCGUCUCCGGAAGCUGCAGGAGGAGGCUGGUUCUCUGGCCCAGGACACUGGAGACAUAAUGAAGGCACUAGCAGGUAAAGCAGACUCUCUGCGUAGACUACAGGAUGAGGUCCUACUGAAGUCCCAGAGGCUGACCGGUCUGGACGGCAAACUGCGGGACCUCCUGGCUGACAUGAGACAGAAGGUCAAGAUCCUCUCCACCUGCCAGGGCUGAGAGGUAAAAGGGCAGAGGUCAUCCUCAAAUAGCCUCUUCAUUGAGAUAGAGGAGCGAUGUUAUUUAUUUUGUCCCAUUUUGUAGAAUAAAUGUCCCAAUAAAUAUAUUUUUUCAUGACGUGCGGUUUUUAACUUUAUCCUACGACAUCCCAGUGACAUCAUUAGGCCUGGGAUUUCUGGGGCUGCAGCCCUGAAUGUUUUUGGUCCAGCCCCAAACCUUUUGAUGAAUAUAGAAAUUGCAGGAUGUAUGUCUGAUAUGAGUUCCCAUACUGGCCUAUCACUUACACGCUAGGCAGUAUGCCGUAGAGACUGUUACGGAGUCUAGUUGACAAGGCUAUUGAACCAGACAUUGGUGUCUGUCUUUAUUCCUUUAUCCAACAUAUCAUACUGAAACAGAGACUGUCAUGAUUUUAGCAUUACUUUGCUGAAAACUGUGUGUCACUAGCCCAAACCGUUCAAAAGAUGUGAUCCAUUUUAACGGAGAUAUGUUUUAUUUAUUUUUUUACUAUCGUGAAUUCGCUGGAAGCGGUCCCUGCCGCUUCAAAACCAGGCUACUUGGGGAUCGCUAAUUAGAUGAUUUGUUGAAUAACAAACAAGCUUGUUCAGUCACGAUACCUUAUUAGCUAACAACCUGGUAACUGGACAGGCACACAUUUGGUUAAGAUGGCACAUGGAGAAAGAGAUAGCGUACGUUUUAUCCUAGUGGGGGGAGGGGGAAAAAUAAAUAGAGGGUGUAAAUAGAGUGUAGUCUUGGGUAAGAUUUGGACUAUGCCAUGUUGUCUUCAGGAGAUUUUCUGUUUCAUUUCUUUCCUUCACAUUAGCUGAUGUAAGAUAGUGGAACAAUUCCUAUUCCUUAUGAUGUGCUAUCCUAUUAUAGGAUAAUGAGUGUGUUUGUCAGCAAGAACAGUACUGUUAUUCCUCAUAAAUCUUUUAUUAUUACACUUCUUCCCAAUUUUGCUGGUGUAACUACUUAUUUGAAAUCUAAUUUGCCUAAAUUAGAAGAGACUUUCCAUGUCAUGUGGGUAUAUACGCUAUGUCAUGGUCAUGUGGGUAUAUACGCUAUGCCAUGGUCAUGUGGGUAUAUACGCUAUGUCAUGGUCAUGUUGACUGUAAGUCAUAAAAACAAGAAUAGCCCAUAUUGAAAUGCCUGUUACAUCAAUUAUUCUAUGUAUUUUAGUAGUGUACACAAGCUGCUAGGCAGUGAUGGUAAGGGGACUCUCAAUAGCUCAUAAAUGCAAACGAUCUUGCCCAUGUAAUGUAAGAUGACAAGAGUCGGCAACUAGUCAGCCCCACCACCUAUAGAUUUGUCUUGAUUGUGGGGUGACUUGAAGAAAUGAAUUGUUAUAGCAUAAACAUUUUCAAACCCCCUGCACUUGGGAAACAUACCCCCGCAGGAAUUUUCUUUCUUCAAGCUGUAUUUUAAAGGGAUAGUUCACCCACUUUGUAGAAAAGGCUCUCAUUUGCAAUAUACUUUUUAGGGAACUGUCCCUUUAGUUGCACUUUUUUUUGUUAACUUUGCCUUUAACUGCAGACACUUCUGAGCCAUCACAAUAUAGGCUUUUGGGCACUGGAUACCUCUAUACAUCUCUAUGCUUUUUAUUGUUUGGAUUUGUGUGUGUUUUGUAUUGUUGGUAUUGCUACACUGCUAGAGCUAGACAUCUGCGAUAACAUCUGCAAAAUAUGUGUACACGGCCAAUAACAUUUGGUUUGAUUUUGCUCUGAGCGCACCUGCAACCAAUUCCCUUAUUAAAUACCUGAGUUCCCUUUGUCUUUAGUUCAGUACCAAAGAUCCCAUGCCUCUUGAAAAUACUCUCCAGCGUUUAUCCGUUUUCGUUUCUAUUAUCUGUGCAUCCAAUACCCAACGUGAGUAAACCGCAAUAUUGUUUCCAUUUUACUUUCUUGUUUCAUGUGUGAAUGUAUGAGCAUUUAAUGAUGCGCUGUCGUAUCAGUAGUGGUAGACUGUUGAGUUGUUGCAGCAUGUUGCCAAUGGACAUUAAUAAUUCAGAUAUUUUGUUUAUCCUUCAAAGAUUGAUGAUACUGACAUGGAAAUAAUGGGUAUGAUAAUUAUGUUCAUGUUUAUUCUUAAUAUGAAAUUUCCUAACGCAAAUGUUUAGCUUUCUAUGUUGUGUUUAUUAUUUUUAGCACACAAGUCAAUAAUGAAUUAUGAUUUAUUGGAGAAAAUAAACGGGAGCUGCAGCUCUCUAAA